AUGUGGUCAACACACGCAGCGCCUGCGCCUAGCCACCGGGGCCAGACGAGAAUGGCCAAAACAUAUCCGUCCGCCGCCGCCGCCUCCUCCUCCUCGCACCACCACCAAUAUACCGUCUCUGCCCUCGAGGCUGAAAACUACGCCGACUUCCUCGAGCCAGCUGUCGAGAGACCCCCUUCCCCCGGCGGGCUACGAGCUCUCAGCAACAAGCACCAAGCAUUACAACACCAACAGGCUGGCUCGUCCGCCGCAUCAUCCUUGAUCUCCUACGCUUCGCUGGACCGCCGGCCGUCGUGGGAGCAGGCCCUCGAGUCCUUCUCGCUCUCGAGAAAAUCCUCUGUUAAGUCUACGACCAGCAGCAUGCCCUCGCGGGAACGCCCAGAGAGCGUGCAGGCCAUCGGAAAGGCCAUCUUCAACCGCAAGUCCAAGUUCAGGCGGGAGAGCCUUGCCACGAGCGGCAGCUCGACCUACUCAUCCGAGGUGACACUGGAUGUCACGAGCGACCGGGGCAGGGCAGCAUCCGCCGUCAACAAGGACCACAUCUCAUCGGCCAUGAGCCUCUUCAACCGCCGAAAAACCGUCCAGGCAGUAGAGGAGGCCCAGAAGAGACCAUCGAUAUCGAGCCCUUUUAACUUCCAACACGUCACACAGAUCCAGCGGGACCAGCUGCCCAAUCUUGAGCGGGCCAACUCGACAACGCUGCGCAAGGAGAUGGCAAUCGCACGGAGUCCCCCGAGGUCCAUCAGGGGAGGCCCAUCACGGGGGCCCUCGGCCGAGGACCUACGCGUGCCUAACUUCUCGUCCAAGACGUCCAGGCCUUACAACGACGAGGAGUCCAUUCCGCCUCACGUCGUGCCGCACAGCCGCGAGGGCAGCCUGUCGCAACCUCCUAGCGCGCAGAACUCGCCCCCAAGGCAGUGGGUCAAGCAGGUCAAGUCGCAGGAUCACAUGCGCGGGCCCCCACCUCCUCGACCGCCUCGAUCCCCGACGGAAUUGGACCUCAACUACUUCGACUUUGCUCCUCCUCCUGCGACCGGCCCAGUGCCUCCAGCACGGCAUCCUAGCCGCGGCGCAUCGAUCCCACGCCGCGAUUCCGAGGCCUUGGGGCAUCAUCAGCAGGGAAUGAAUGCCUUCCGCUUUCCAGCACCCCUGAACCUGCAGCUCGGCGGCGGCGAUGCCUACACUGUCUCUACCCCCCCACUCGGGUCUCCUGGGUGCCCCAGCCCAGCCGCAGCACCUGCAGAGAAUCGCCGGUUUUCACGUAUCUUUGUGCCUGCAGAGAACCCCAACUGGCCUCUGACCGCGCCGCUGAACAAUGCCAGCGUCAUGGCAUUCGAUGCAGGUCUUCCUGACGUGCCCGAGGAGGAGGAGCAGAGCGGACUGCCAAAGAGAUCGCGCGCGAGCUCGCGCAGUACACAUUCGUCGCUGAAGGGGUCGAUCUCGGUACCAGCCCUGCGACAGGCGUCCAUCUCGAAUGCUGGCUGUCCUCCUUCUUCCCAUAACAAGCGUGCAAGCCAUCGUGAGUCUGUCGUCUUUGGCCAGUACGAUAUCUACGCUCUGCAACAGCCUGCGAGGGACAGGAUGACGACGACGGCUGCGACUGAACAGGUCGACGCGGAGCCACUACGACGGGAUAGCUGGGAAGAUGUGAUUGACUACUGCUACGAGCACGAGAUGGAGGCUGACUGCGACUAUGAUUGGCACCGACCAUCGGUCGACAUGUCGCAAUAUGCAGCACGCGCUGCGUCGAUAGCGCUGGCGUGUGAGGACGAAGGGCUGAUCUUGUCCCGGCCUACUUCUGACGUACCUGCGCUGAGCCCCUCUAGCCGCUUGUCUCCUCGGACCAGCCAUGAGGCGAUCACGCCGGCGCUUGCUGCUACGGUUGCGAGGUCACCCACCAGCGCAAACUUCUCGUUGCCUCGACGAGAUGGCCUCAGGAACCAGCGCCACCUCCAUGUGCGCACCGAGUCGCAGACCAGCUUUAAGGAGGCACAGGGCUUCUCGCUCUCGCCGUCCUUUCUGAUCCCGAACGAUUACCAUCACGAACUCCUCGCAGCUCGUACCGAGCAGCAGCAGCACGAGGACCCGGAGAGCAUCGCCCAGGCGGUCACACUGGAGGAGGACCCGACGCUGACGAUGGAGAACUCGAGCCUUUUCGUGCCAGCCAGGGCGAGCAACUCGACCACCACCAGCAACAGUAACCUGUCGUCCCGCUCUGUCUUUGAGCGGCACAUCUCGGCCACAUCGAGCAACACCGACUAUACGCGCCUCACCAUGAGCACUAGCUCCGACAUGGACACCUUUGUCUUCAAGGACGACUCUCCGACCGCCACCACCAAUUUCAACAACAUGGAGGACCAGAUCCCUGAGAUCCACGAGGUGCUUGCCUCGCCCGCCGUCCACGCACGUUCGCAGAGUGCCGCCGGCCUCCUCGGCAGCCCGUCGUCCUCGUCCAACAAGGCUACGCCAACCUUGAGCCGGGAUACACACAACAGCGACUCGAACCUCGUGGGUCUGCAGUCCCAAUCCUCUCCCAAGCGCCAGACCGCCGCCGGGGGGCGCGCCCGGUCCAGGACGAUGAGCUCCACCCCGGGGCAGUUCUCCCUGUUCCCCGCCGUACCCAGCAGCAAGGCUCCCCCACCACGAGGCUGA